AUGUCAGCACCUCCACCACCGCCACCUCCCCACAAUCCUCUAUCAAAAGUUUCUCCCGUGGUCACGAAACUCAAGACCUAUCCGUCAAAGCUUUACCACGUGCCAGACCCCUCGCAUGAUCUAACCAUCGCGCCGACAGGUCCGUACUUUUGCUACGGCACCUUAACGGUCCCCUCGAUGCUAGCCGAAAUUCUGGGUCAUGAUGCAGAGCCCAACCUCCGGCCGGCGAAGAUUGUAGGCUACGAAUGUAAAUUAUGGGGUCAGUACCCGGCCCUGCUGGAUUCUACCACGCACGCGACGGUCGAGGGCAUGGUGUAUCGUGUCCAGACGGAGGAAGAUGGCCAGAAGCUGGCAACCUACGAAACCAGGAGCUAUCGUGCCAUCCCUUGUCGCAUUCUGUAUACGGAUGGAAAGGAGCCGGCCCAAGAGCAUGGCCAUACCUUUCAAUUCGUGGGGAAUUUUCACGACUUGACCGAUGGCGAAUUCGACUUGAAAGUGUGGCUACGGAGAAAGAAGGGGGAAAGUCUCGGCUGA